ACAUAAACCAAUAAUAUUAUGUAAAAACUUACCAUGUGCAGUGUUCAAAUGACAUUUUGUAAAUAAGAACAUCUACAUAUGGAAAAUUAAGCUUGAUAUAAUUCAGGAAGUAGCCUACUGUGUGUUGUCACUGUUGGGUGAUAAAGGCUGCAUGUGUAACCUACACAGGAAGCUCUCAGUCAUGGUUGCAGAAACGGAACAACUCCUCUGUGAGGAAAUGCAUGUUACUGUUCAGCAUAUGCUGAUGACUUGACAUUGACAAGCCGCUCAUGUUGUGAGACGACAGAGGUGCCAGAUUUGGUGGAGACAAGAUUAGAAGUCAUGUCUGCUCAAACUUCUAAGAAAAAAAGAAUUGGUUCACGCCGCUCGGCAGCAAACCAAAAUAAAACUUCUGACGCUGACGAGAUCCACAUAGCUGACAGUACCUCUGUAGCAAAAAGUCACAUACCAGAAGAACAUACUGGAUCAUUAAAUCUAGUGACUAAUCCUCAAAAUUCUUCACCUGAAACCCAUCGUCCACCUUCACCAGAACACACAGGGCACAGAAGAAAGCUGGGGUCUAGCCGAAAAAAUAGAGGAGGACAGCAUGUCAAGGAAUUGGCGACUGAAUCAUACUAUGAAGCUAGAGAGGAAGUUGAGGAAAAGAUUAGGGGUAGUGAAACCCCCGAAACAACCCAAAUGUCACUGGCAAUACAACCUGAGAGGAAGGAAGAAUUAUGUCAUGGGAGAGAGCAUGAUAUGUCUGCGACACAUUGCAGCACAUUGUACUCGGCCACUAUACCUGAGGUUCAGAGCUCAACUAUAACAAACUGUCCAAAGGCUGACCUGGAAAGUUUAAUUCCUAAAAGUGAAAAUCUGCAAACGGACCAAUAUGAAAAUGAGAAAGACUGUAAAGUGGUGUCAGAUUCUUGUAAAUUUGAGGAAACCACGCAGGGAGGAAUGGACAAAUACACCGACACUCCUCAGAGUGAGGAAGUCAAAGACAAUGCACAUCUUGGUAGUAUAAGUGUACCUUCAUAUCCCACUGUAGAUCAACAGUACCAAACAAAUUCUAGAGAGAUGCCAGAGAAAGAACUUUCCAAUGAUUCUGUAACAGAAAAAGAAAGGAAGAAAAGAAAUGACAACACAGAAUUGUUAACACGUGAUGGAAAUUUACAGGGCUACUAUGUGGUGAGUGAGUCACAUAUAGAAGCAUCAGUUAAACAGUUUUCUAUCACACCAGAGGUAACCGCCGAUAAAAGCAGCCCCAGAGAAUAUACUGAACUUGAAUGUAGUAUUGAACAAGAAGAGGUGUUGCCUACAGAUGAGAAGCAAAAGCAGAUUUUCAACUUAUCUGAAGUCAGAGAUGCUCAUCAGUCAGAUGGUGCUGUAAAUAAAGUGCAUGCAAAGGAGAAUAAGCCAACAGAAAUGCUAGACAAUUAUUACUUCUCUGAAAGUGUGAUCCAUGAUGCCACAGAAAAUUCUGAAAUAAUUUCUAUAAACCUGAUAGACGAACCUGAAGUCCACGACACAUACCAUUCUGAGUUGACGGUGAAAAGUACUGAUGACUCUGCUACCAAGCAGGAAAUUUCAAAUCCUAACAAUAAACAUGAUGGAGGAAUCAACGUAUUUGACACUUAUCAAUCUGACAAAGAUAGUGAUCAAGUCAAAGAAAAUGCACAUGUUGGCACAUUUGUUGGUGUCUCCAAGCAUACUAGUUCAAGUUUACAUUCAAGUUCAACAGUAGAUCAACAGCUAAUCAACCAAACAAGCUCCACAGAGAUGCCAGAAGAAGAACUUCCCAAUGUGUGUUCUGUAACAGAAGAAGAAAACAAGGAAGGAGAAGUGGACACUGAAUUGUUCAGGAAGGGUGGAUAUUUAAUGGACAACUUUUUGGUGAGCGACUCACAUUUAAAGUCAAAAGGUAUAAAAUAUUCUAUCACAGCGGAGAUAGCCACAGAAAAAAGCAGCCCCAGAGAGAACACAGAACCAAAAUACAGUGUUGAGCAAGCAGAUUUUUCACCACCAAAACAGGACUUGCCUACAGAUGCGAAACAAGAAGAGAUUUUAAUAUCUGAAGUCAGAGGUGCUCAUCAGUUAGAUGACACUAUAAACAAAGUGCCUGAACAGGAGGUUGAACCAACAGAAAUGCAAGACAUUGAUUACUCCUCGGAAAGUUUGAUACCUGAUGCCACAGAAAAUUCUGAAAUAAUUUCUGGAAACCCGAUAGACCAAACUGAAGUCAACGACACAAACCAAUCUGAGUUGACUGUGAAAAGUACUGACGAUUUUGUUAGCAAACAGGAAAUUUCAAAUCUUGAUGACAAACAUGAUGACCAUCCUGAAACAGAAAACAACUUUGAGGCUUUAGACCAAAGAAAUGAGGAUUAUCAUGUACAUGACACCAAGACAACACAGAUCAGCAUCACAGAAAGGGUAGACACUGCACUUGGUCAGGUGUGUGAGGACGAAGGCCGAGUAGAGGAUGAUAUAAAACCCAGUGCUGAACAAACAGGUCACCAAGAGAAGGAAGGAGUCUUCACUAAAAUGGAAGAGAGUGAAUCUUCUUUACAAACUCUGCAAUCAGGAACAAAUGCUCCUUUGGACUCCAAACCUCAGCAAACCGACCCUGACUUCAGCCCCAUUGGGAACAGAAGGAAACUGGGGUCUAGUCGUAAACAUAAAGGAAAACAACAUACCAAGGACUCUCUUGCUGAAUCAUACCACAGACUUACAGAGGCAGUUGUUGAAAAACCCAGAGAUAAUGAACCCUUUGAAACAACUCAAAUGUCAGCAACAAUAGAGACAACAGUGCAGGAAACAUCAAUGAAAACCAUGCUGGAAGGAAUGGGGACAUUUGACACUCAUCAAACUAAAGAAGACAGUGAUCAAGUCAAAGAAAAUGCACAUGUUGGCACAUUUGUUGGCGUCUCCCAGCAUACUAGUUCAAGUUUACAUUCAAGUUCAACAGUAGAUCAACAGCUAAUCAACCAAACAAGCUCCACAGAGAUGCCAGAAGAAGAACUUCCCAAUGUGUGUUCUGUAACAGAAGAAGAAAACAAGGAAGGAGACGUGGACACUGAAUUGUUCAGGAAGGGUGGAUAUUUAAUGGACAACUUUUUGGUGAGCGACUCACAUUUAAAGUCAAAAGGUAUAAAAUAUUCUAUCACAGCGGAGAUAACCACAGAAAAAAACAGCCCCAGAGAGAACACAGAACCAAAAUACAGUGUUGAGCAAGCAGAUUUUUCACCAUCAAAACAGGACUUGCCUAUAGAUGCGAAACAAGAAGAGAUUUUCAUAUCUGGAGUCAGAGGUGCUCAUCAGUUAGAUGACACUGUAAACAAAGUGUCUGAACAGGAGGUUGAACCAACAGAAAUGCAAGACAUUGAUUACUCCUCGGAAAGUUUGAUACCUGAUGCCACAGAAAAUUCUGAAAUAAUUUCUGGAAACCCGAUAGACCAAACUGAAGUCAACGACACAAACCAAUCUGAGUUGACUGUGAAAAGUACUGACGAUUUGUUAGCAAACAGGAAAUUUCAAAUCUUGAUGACAAACAUGAUGACCAUCCUGAAACAGAAAACAACUUUGAGGCUUUAGACCAAAGAAAUGAGGAUUAUCAUGUACAUGACACCAAGACAACACAGAUCAGCAUCACAGAAAGGGUAGACACUGCACUUGGUCAGGUGUGUGAGGACGAAGGCCAAGUAGAGGAGGAUAUAAAACCCAGUGCUGAACAAACAGGUCACCAAGAGAAGGAAGGAGUCUUCACUAAAAUGGAAGAGAGUGAAUCUUCUUUACAAACUCUGCAAUCAGGAACAAAUGCUCCUUUGGACUCCAAACCUCAGCAAACCGACCCUGACUUCAGCCCCAUUGGGAACAGAAGGAAACUGGGGUCUAGUCGUAAACAUAAAGGAAAACAACAUACCAAGGACUCUCUUGCUGAAUCAUACCACAGACUUACAGAGGCAGUUGUUGAAAAACCCAGAGAUAAUGAACCCUUUGAAACAACUCAAAUGUCAGCAACAAUAGAGACAACAGUGCAGGAAACAUCAAUGAAAACCAUGCUGGAAGGAAUGGGGACAUUUGACACUCAUCAAACUAAAGAAGACAGUGAUCAAGUCAAAGAAAAUGCACAUGUUGGCACAUUUGUUGGUGUCUCCAAGCAUACUAGUUCAAGUUUACAUUCAAGUUCAACAGUAGAUCAACAGCUAAUCAACCAAACAAGCUCCACAGAGAUGCCAGAAGAAGAACUUCCCAAUGUGUGUUCUGUUACAGAAGAAGAAAACAAGGAAGGAGACGUGGACACUGAAUUGUUCAG